AUGCCUUCCGUCAAGAACCUUCUCUUCCUUGCCGUCGCCGCCACCGGCUCCGUCAUCAAGCGUGACGCUGCCCAGAUCACCAAUGGCCUCCGGCUCAUCAACAAGGACAUCUUGACCCUCAAGGUCGCCGUCAACAGCUACAGCGGCGGUGUUUCCGGCGCGAUCCCCAUCCUGGGCGCCCAGCAGACGCUCACCGGCGACGUGAAGUCGACCACGGAUGAGGUCAACAACACACCUAGCGUCAGCGAGGCCGAGAGCGACGCCAUCUUCACCUACAUCAAGGAUCAGCUUGCGGUCAGCUUGCAGUCUUUCAUCAAGGCCUUGGAGUCCAAAAAGAGCAUCUUCGACCACGACCACCUGACAAGCGCUGUCGUGGCGGCCGUGAAGAGCUCCCAGGAAUCCACUGAGCAUCUUAGCAACGCUCUGAUGGCCAAGGCUCCCGGCAGCUUUGCGGCCCGGGCCAAGGCUCUGAAGGACGAGAUUGACCAUCAGUUCGAGGAUGCUAUUGCUUACUUUUCCUGA